AUGGCAGCCAUAGCAGAGGCCCAAAGCUGGGCUCAGAGCCUUGGGGAGCACAGUUAGGGGAGCAGAGCAGGGUGGGCCCAGUCCUGGGGACCUGCUGCUUACCAGCCUGGCCUCCAGCCUCCACCUGGCCUCUCCACCUGAUAGGGUGAGUGGGCACACCUAAAGCACCUAGGGGCAUGUCAUGCCCUGAAAGCAUGUGAAUCCUGUCCACGGAGGGACCACAGGAGCAGCUGUAGAAGGAGGAGCCUUAAACCAUCCUGAUGCUAAUUGUGUUCAGAGCUAAACAAAGGACAAAGUAGGGAGUAAUUAGCCCAUUUAUCAAAGAAUUUUCACUUUUCAAAAAGAGUCACCGUAGAAUUCUUUUACAUAGUAAGUGUCCUGGUACCUUUAAAAUAUGGUUUUAUUUAUGGACAGACUGUGCCAGGACUGUUGAGGAGCACAUUUUUUCUGUAAAUCAGACCCUUUUAGAGUGAGGUUCAAUGUGACAAGAGAUGGGAUGGAAAUACCUGGGAGGCUCCUGGGAACAGUGACAAACCCGGACUUGCCUGAACCCAGUGGUGUGAUUGCCCCAUCCCUGGCCACAGCCCCCAGGAGCAGAGGGUGUGGCUGCAAGGCCAGGGAUUGCAGUGAAGCAGGCAUCUCUAUGCCCCUUUCCAGAGAGUUCCUGUUUGAGUAUCCUUCACAAAGAUGACUCCUGCAGGGAAGGGGAGGGUGACCUAAGGGUGAUUGGCAGGGACAAAUCUGAAAGCCUGGGACAUCGAGCCUGCAGUGAGCUCAGUCCCUGCUCAGCGCCUUCAGAGCUGUACAGGACCGAGCAGCUCCUACCAGCUCUGUGGGUCUUAGCCUCCUCCUCUGUCUGAUGGGAAGGCUCCUACCUGGAGCAUGUUAGGAUAUAUGUGAGCACUGGAAUUCAUUAAGCCGCAAAUGUGAACAUGCUCUCUUGGGAAACCCCAAAGUCCUGGGCUGGUGAGUGACAGGGCAGGUGUGUGGAGGGGAACCCUAGAGAAGGUUGUCAUCCUUAGAUACAACAGUACCAUCUGGAGCUUCUUGUUCCCUAGAGCCCAGGGGCUGGUCAUCAGCUCUGUGAAUGGAAAACUAGACUUUCCCUGAGGUGACCAACAGGCCUUAGUGCUGUUAAGUCAUGGGAUCUGGGAAUGUGUCAUGGGACAUUCCUCCUGUGAUCUGGAAUGGACAUGUCCCUCACUAGGGAUCACCUGGGUUUCUACCAUCAGGAUACCUGGGAAACCGGAUUAACCAGAUUAACAACUCCAUGGCUUGGAGCAAGUAGAAGCAGAACGAAUGGUGAAUCACAGAAGGCAGUAGCAUUUAUUGGGCCCUUACAUGUGCCAGGCCCUGCAUCAGCCACUUUACAUGAAUGAUCUCAUUUGAUCCUCGUAGCAAUCCUGUAAGGAGGUAUUCUCCCCAUUUCCUAAUGAAGAAGCUGGGUACAGAGGUUCAGUGACUUCCUGAGAUCACAUACCAGGCACCCAGUGAGGCCAGAUGGGCCUCCCAAGCAGCCUGACUGUCAUGAGAGGGAUGGGUUGAGGGCUUUGUCUCCACACUCAGGGUUCAUCUGCUUUGGGCAUUGCAGAGGCUCACAGAGCCACCUGGUUCACACCUGACCAGGUCUGUAUGUUCUCUUUCCUUCCAUCAAAGCCUUCUCCUUUCUGCAGGAUCUGCUCCUUUCUGCAGGCUCUCUCAGAUCACUGAGGGGUCAGGUAGGGUCAUAGUGGGUACCAGGUACCCAUCUUGGGCCUGGAACUGGCCUGGGCCUUAGGGAUGCAAGCUGAGCCUUGGGGUGCUGGGCCUCCAACUGGAGGGAAGGCUGGUGGACUGGAGAUGGCCAUGAUGCCACAUGGUCCCUGUAAUCCAUUCCUCUCCAAGUCUCAGCCAAGACAAUGCUUCCUCAGCAGAUGCCAAUGUGCGGGACAAGAGCUAUGCGGGGCCCCUGCCCAUCUUCAACCGAAGCCAGCACGCACAUGUCAUUGAAGACCUGCACUGCAACUUGUGCGACGUGGAUGUGAGCGCUCGCUCUAAGCACUGCAGCGCCUGCAACAAGUGCGUGUGCGGCUUCGACCACCACUGCAAGUGGCUCAACAACUGUGUGGGCGAGCGGAACUACCGGCUCUUUCUACACAGUGUCGCAUCCGCUUUACUGGGUGUCCUGCUCCUUGUGCUGGUGGCCACAUAUGUCUUCGUGGAGUUCUUUGUCAACCCCAUGCGGCUGCGCACCAACCGACACUUCGAAGUGCUGAAGAAUCACACGGAUGUGUGGUUCGUGUUCCUGCCUGCUGCCCCUGUGGAGACCCAGGCCCCUGCCAUCCUGGCCCUGGCUGCCCUGCUCAUACUUCUGGGCCUGCUAUCCACAGCCCUGCUGGGCCACCUGCUCUGCUUCCACAUUUAUCUCAUGUGGCACAAACUCACCACCUAUGAGUACAUCGUGCAGCACCGCCCACCACAGGAGGCCAAGGGGGCCCACAGGGAGCUGGAGUUGUGUCCUCCCAAGAUGCGGCCCAUUCAGGAGAUGGAGUUCUACAUGCGGACCUUCAGCCAUGUGCGCCCAGAGCCCCCUGGCCAGGCCAGGCCAGCAGCAGUGAAUGCCAAUCCCGCUCAGUUUUUUGCUACCCGUGGCCAAGUGGAGCCUCCACCACCCUCUUCCCCAGACACUCUCGCCCAGCCUCCCCGGAUCCGACCCCAGAAAAAGAGGAAGAGGCGCGUGUAUAAAGUGCAGACGUCUGAGACCUCGGAUCAGGCGUUGGGGCCCAGGGCCCCCGGCCGCCGCUCCAGGUCGUCGGCGGAUUCUGCGGACGCCAGCCCUGUGCACGCCGCUGGCCUUGCCGGCGCCUACCACUCGGCGUCAGCUGAAUCCGUGGACGAGAUUCCCGUGUCGCAGACGCGCCUGGGCAGCGCCGCUCUGGCUGCCCCGCCGGGCCGGGGCCGAGAGCUGGGGCUGGCGCUGCAGGCGCGUGCGCCUGCCGUUUUCGUGAGCCCGAGCAGCGGCGAACCGGGGGCGCCGGGCGGCCGGGAGGCCGGUCUGGCUUAGCUGGGCCGAGAGGCCGGAGGGCCAAGGAGGAGCGGCCGGCCCUACUCACUAUGCAACACCCACCCUUAUCGCACCGAGUGCACUUUAGGGGCCCCAGUGGCCGGCGGGAUUGGCCUCCCAUCCCCACGACUCAGCAAUACCCGCCCCACCGGUAGUGAUGCUCCAAUAAACUUUUUUAUGCUUUUUCGGA